UAGUUUUCUGCGGAGAGGAGGCAGCCGGGGAGGUUGGAGGAGGCCGUCCCCAUCUGUCGAGGCUGUUCCUGUCUGUUGAGGCUGUUCCCGUCCGUCGAGGCUGUCCUCAUCCAUUGAGGCCAUCUCCAUCCAUCGAGCCUGUCCCCAUCUGUCGAGGUCGUCCCCAUCCGUCGAGGCUCUCCCCGUCCUCCGCCACCCCUGUGCCAGAGGAGAGCCAGCCUGCAGCCAGGAGAUGGCGCAGGAAGGGACGGCAGGUGGCUCGCUGGAGAGGCAUUGUCCCACCUACAUCUACAAAGUGGUGCUGCUGGGGAGCACGGCGGUGGGAAAGUCGAGCCUGGCCUACCGAUAUGUGAAAAACGACUUCCAGGAGUCGCUGCCCACCGUGGGAUGCUCCUUCUUCACGAAAAUAAUCCGCAUGGAGUCGGCCACGGUCAAGCUGGAGAUCUGGGACACGGCUGGGCAGGAGAAGUACCACAGCGUCUGCCACCUCUACUACCGGGGCGCCCACGCCGCUCUCCUUGUCUACGACAUCACCAACAAGGAAACACUUGGCAGGGCGAAGCUGUGGCUGAGGGAGCUGGAGAAGGAGUUCCUGCACGACGAAAUCGUCAUUGCUUUGGUGGGCAACAAGACGGACCUGGCUGAGGAGAGAGAGGUCCCAGCCGAGGAGGGCGAAGAGUUUGCGAGGAGCAGAAGCCUGCUCUUCACGGAGACAUCGGCGAAAUCCAACCACCAAGUAAAGGAUGUCUUUAUGGCUGUAGCCCUUCAGCUCCUGCAGCGUGAAGCAGAGAAGGCGCCAGCCCCGCGCCGCGGGCAGCACGUGGACUUGGGGGCGAGCAGGGCGAGGACGGGGUGCUGCCACGUGUGAAGGGGCCACAGGCUCCCCAUGGGACACGGUGCCGGGGAGGAC